UCCAAUUUUUGGGGAUAACAAAUAAUAAUGUUUAUUUUUUGUAGAGUAAAGCAGCGCAGCAUCCCAAUAUAAUCCACGAUUGGCCGCUAGAUACUAGAGUACAAAGAAUCGUUGAGAAAACUAGUUUUAGGUAUUUAAUGAAUGUAUUGAAAUCCGUAGAUAGUACUCGGAUCUCUCUUCACUUUUUGUCGGCCUUUUCUGCUUUAUUUGAUUGUGAUACGUUUAGUUUUAAUGUAGGUAGUGAUAGAUUAAUAUUUAGUUUGGAAGAUGCUGUCUAUAUAACAGGUUUGCCAAUCGAUGACAAACCUGUUACUCGACAAGAUUUUAGAAAAAAAGCUAAUGUAAAAAAAAUUUGUAGAGAAUUUUUAGAAAUAGAACUUCCAGAAGAAGCAUAUGAAGUUCAAAAAAGAUUUGAUUUAGUUAGUGAAGGAUAAAAAAUAAAAGCAUCCUGGAUGACAGAACAUUUUUCCUCAGUUCCCAUCGAUAUAGAAGAUGAUUCUGACAGGAUAUGGCCUUAUGUGAAGGCAUUUAUUGUAUGUAUCAUAGCUUGCGUGAUAGACACCGAUAUAUCGACGACUUCAUGCUAUUUAAUGUAUCUGCCGCUUCUUAAAGAUGUGGAUACAAUAAAUUCUUAUUCUUGGGGUUCAGACAUGGUUGCUUCCCUCAUUAGUCCUCUUCGCCAUAUGAGGGAGAAGAAGACAAAAACAAUUGGAGGAUUUAACUCCGUUCUUGCUACAUUUUUUUUAAUUCGCAUUUCUCGGUUGGCGAAUUCACUUCUAAGUGGAACACCGAGUGAUACUCUGUCUAUUCUUGACGAUGAGAAUAUUCAAAGAACACUCGAAUUUCCACUUAUUGGAUCUUUUAUGAAGUUCAUGAAUAAUAUCUUCAAGAACUCAUAGAAUGAAUGGGAAGGGGUUGAAAUUAUUUCUU